CCAGGCUCUUGCACAUUUUUUUAAACUUGAAUUUUAAACAUAACUCUAAUGUAUUGCUUUCCUCUCCUUCUCUUUUUCUUUGUCUGCUCAACAUUAGAUUAAAGGUGUUCCAACAUGGGGAGCCCAGCUGUUCUGCGGAUAAUUUUUGGUGAUGAGUCUGACUCUAGAAAACUAACACUCGAUUCUGGAAUUCCAUCAGCAGUGGAGGACCUAUAUUUGUUAGUUAAGACAUUCUUUCAACACAAAGAGGACUUCAGGUUGCAAUAUAUGGAUGCUGACUUCAACGAGUUUGUUAACUUAACUUCAGUGUCUGAAAUUAAAAACAAAAGCACGCUGAAAGUUAUAUACAUUCCUGUUUUUUCACCUGUGGAGCCCUGCAUCACGCUGUAUACAGUAGACUCAUCUGGUGAGCUCUCAAAUACCUCUUGCUCAAAUCCUGAAACUCCUGCUUCAUCUAUAGACUCAUCCUGCAGGGAUGAUACACCGUUCACAUCAACCCCAGAGUCAUCUCUAGAAACUCAGCUUUCAAAGUUGUCUUCCUGGCCCAAGGUGUUUUUGGUACCCAAAUUCACAUAUGAUGAAGAGUUUGAGCUACAGGACAAGAAUAGAGAGUAUGAGACAAUUGGAACAUACUUUAACCCUGGCCCAAAGUUAAAAGGAGUCAUUCUUGAUGGCCUAGCCCAAGAAAUGUUGAAAUACACAAAAUAUCCAAAAGACUAUCAGUGUGAAGAGGUAGCAGCAGCAUUGACGAGAGCUCAUCCUUGUUUGGGACAGCUGGGAUCCAAGACAGGAUUUUGGGGAUGGAAACAGUCACUGAAGUAUAAAAUGCAAAACUAUCGAACAAAGCUGGGGCGACUCGGACAUCCUGAAAUACGUGUGAACUCCUUUAAGCACAAACGUGAAGGCCAAGGCAAAGCUGCAGCCAACAUCAAGAAAGCGAGAAAGGCUGAAGUUUACUACAUACCACUGCACCCAAAAGGCGAAACCACAGAAAGCUUGGAAAAUGACGAGAGGUCGUUGAACAGAGGCCCAUGAUAGAGGAAUUUAAAAACCGGUGGCCUGCCCUGUUCCAGCAGAGUGAAAUUAAUGAGGAGUUCUUGAGGAUCACUACAAAGCCACUGCUGUCAAAGUUUAUGUCACAACUGGACCACUUUUCACUCAAGCUGAUGCAGAUCUUCAAAAGCAAAGGAGGCGUGAAGGGGCAACGAAUCAAAGAAGUUCUGGCAAAAAUAGAUUUGUGUGCCGACAUUGACAUCAGGAGGGAGUGCAUCCUGAGAAGCCUUGUUAUCUACCUCAAUGAAGAUCCAGACACAUUCUUCAAGGAAUAUCUGGCCUCCGCCACUGAGGAUGCAGAAAGGGACAUUGCCCUCACAGUCAUGGGGAUAGACAUCAUCCGUGGAGAUGGCGAUAGGCAGCUAGAGGAUGUGGGAGUUGUUAUCGAAGGCAUCAAAGUCCUAAGCAAGGUGGACACCGUCAUCAUGGGGAUUAUAAUGAUGUUUGGGCUCAUUUAUGCCCUUGAUCUAAGCUUUCCAGACAACCUCAAGUACACAUUUGAGUUUUUCCAGAAGAUCCUAAUGAACCUGGAUGGGCAAAAGCUGAACACAAAGAUACAGCAGCUGAAAAUCAAGUUGUUUGCAUGAGAGGUGAACACUUGUUGACAAAGUUCAUCAUCAGAUCUUUAUUUUUGGUUGUAUUUUAUUGCCUUCAUUGUCACCCACUUAAGACAAUAUGACCUACAACAUUUUGAACUUCAGAAUUGGACCUAACUUUACCUCCCAAUUGUAUCUCUGAGUGUGACUACCCUCCACACUUCUCGCAUCCAUUUCUCUCCUCCGUUUCAUCACUCAACCCUGGAUAAAUGGAUUAAGUUCGACUCAAGACUUUGGAAUUUUAUUUUGUAUUUUUUGAAUAACUAGUACUGUUUUCAUGUUUUGUUUUUACUUGCUUACAUUCAAAGGAUGUUUGCUGCUAGCAUCCCAUUAAUAUCAAAUUCCUGAUCUGCGAAUGUUGAGUUUUUCUUAUUUAUUUUUGUUUGUUGCCAAUUUGAUCCAUGUUGUUUCCUUUUAUUUAACUCUAGUACAUUAAGGCUAAUGGCUACAUUAGCACACUUGCGCAGUACUCAAAUGUGUUUUUGCAGUUUCCUUUGUGGCGCUGAGUGUUAAUUUUACACCACUUUAGGCUAUUUUGGAGAACCGUUUCUCGUAAAGUUUUCCUUGCGUUAUUUAAGAAAAGUUAAAAGGUGUUUUAUAACUAAGACUGAGUUCUCUUGGCUUUUUAUCAAGUCAAUUUGACAUAUUUGUUAAUAUAAAACUAAGUUAUUGGUCUGUGUUGGUACGCAAAUCUGACAUUGGUCUUUAUGUAAAAUUUACUUCUUGAUGUUUUGUUUUCACUGAAACUCAACAUGUUGGUUUGUGUUUUCAAGUAACAUUGACAUCUUGUGGUGUUAUAUUCAAGAUUGUUGAA